UCUCUUUAGAAGUUAUAUAUUUCAUGAGGAAUAUGGAUUGCCGCUGUCAAACAAAUGCAAACACCGACAACAACAAAAUUUAGCAACAAAAACCGGUGAUCAACAAAAUAACACAAAAUGCCAUCGGAUUGUCCAGAAGUCCAAGCUCAACAAAUCAUCAUCAUUCAUCCGGGCUCGUUCAAUCUACGAAUUGGUCGGGCAUCUGAUUUGAAUCCGCAUCGGAUUUUGCAUGCAGUGGCUCGUCGACGGAAGCCAGGUGGAAACGUUUAUUCGGACUCCUUCCUUCCCACAAGCAUAGCAAAGAGCAAGGAACUUCUUCAAGAGCUGGAGGACUGUCGAAUUCAAGUAUCGCACACGCUACAGUCAUGCCUGCAAUCGGAUGGACGACGUCGUUACGCUACACCACCGCAGCAAAUAUCAGCAUUCAAUCGUAGAUCGACACCGGACGUUGUGGUCGAAAAGUCGGAAGACUGGCUGCAUCCGAAUCUCGAAACGGUUUUCGGUGAGGAGAUCUUGGAUUUAGAUCCGAACGGCGAGUACAACGUACAUUUUCCGAUUCGACGCGGGGAGUUCAAUCUUCAUUCGAAUGUUGGUGGCUCGUUAACGUGCGUGUUGGCGGAUCUGCAAGAGAUCUGGGAGUAUGUGCUGCAAUGUAAGAUGGAUAUUAAGCUGAGUGACCUGCAUUCGUAUAAAGCGGUUUUGGUCAUUCCGGACAUAUAUCAUCGGGGUCACUUGAAGGAGCUAAUGAAUUUAAUGCUAACGAAAAUUGGUUUCGGCAGCUGCUUUUUCGUUCAGGAUCAUGUAGCAGCAACAUUCGGUGCCGGACUUGGCUAUGCUUGUGUUGUUGACGUCGGUGAUCAGAAGACAUCCGUGUCCUGUGUAGAAGACGGAAUUUCACAUCCGAAUACAAGAGUUCGUUUAGAAUACGGCGGUGCAGACGUUACGCAGACAUUUCACUGGCUACUACAGAAAUGUGCAUUUCCAUAUAAAGAAUGUGACGAAAAGAUGCCACAAGACGCAAUGCUUUUGAAAUCGCUGAAGGAAGAUUUCUGUCACGUGAAUUUGGACAUAUGUGGCUCGCAGGAAAAAUCCUUUAAAAUUAGUCAACCAGGGAGAUCACAGGUCGUCUAUACAUUGCAAGUGGGCGACGAAUGUAUCGUAGCUCCGUUGAGUCUCUUUCACACGGAGCUACUCGGUGUGACUGGAGUAAAAAAGGAGGCAAAAGUACAAAAGACAGCAGCGCAUCAAACCGAUCCAGAAGAUUGUUUCGAUGCCGAGUAUUUACGUGAGACUGGUCGUAAAGGCGCCAAAGAGCAAAUGGACCAAAUUCAAAUCGAUGGUUCCGUUCUUCCGACCAACGACAAUCCCGAGGAAGACAUUGUGGUUGAUGCGCUCGAAGUGGAGCGCGAAAUGAAACCAUUCGACAAGGAAUUUGUUUUGCCCGGUGGUCAAAUAAUUGGACUGGAUCAGGCCGUUCUACAGAGCAUUGAACGAUGCCCAAACGACGAACUGAAACGCAAAAUGUACGGCUGCAUAUUGGUGGUUGGUGGUGGAAUGAAAUUCAUUGGAAUCGGAAAGUGGCUACAAAAUCGAGUCGGACUGCAAAUUCCCUAUUUAUAUCGAUCGGAACACCUGGACAUCGUCACCAGUCCGAAGGAAAUGGAUCCGGCGAUGACAGCUUGGAAAGGUGCUGCUGUUAUGUCUUGUCUGGAAAGCGCACCGGAAUUGUGGAUUCAGGGCGCAGAGUGGCAAAAGCAUGGAUUGAGAAUAUUAAGGGAGAAGGCACCGUUUAUGUGGUAACAAUGAAAUACAGAAAGUUUUCGAGUCAAA